UACGUCAUAGCGCAAGUGAGGCUAUACUUCCGCUGCCGGUAGUGGACUGAGAGACUGCCAAAGGAAGCGCAGAACAGAGCAGUGUGUGACAAAUAUUUUGUAUAAGAAAAAAAAAACGCUGUCAGUAUUGUUCCAGCGAUAAUACAUUCUUAAUUUGAAGAAUUGCGAAAUUCAAGUGUUACACGUUGACCGAAGAUGGCUGUGAAUGUGUACUCCACCUCUGUGACCAGUGAGAACCUGAGUCGGCAUGACAUGCUGGCCUGGAUCAACGAGUCUCUCCAGAUUAACCUCUCCAAGAUAGAGAUGCUGUGCUCAGGUGGGGCCUACUGCCAGUUCAUGGACAUGCUGUUCCGUAACUCUGUGCCUCUGAAGAAAGUCAAGUUUGCUGCCAAGCUAGAGCACGAAUACAUCCACAACUUUAAACUUCUACAGGCGUCCUUCAAGAAGAUGGGCGUCGACAAGAUCAUUCCAGUGGACAAGCUGGUGAAGGGAAAGUUCCAGGACAACUUUGAGUUCGUCCAGUGGUUCAAGAAGUUCUUUGACGCCAACUACGACGGGCAGGACUACGACCCCCUGGAGGCCCGCCAGGGACAGGACGCCACGUCUAUGACCCCCGCCACCUCGGCCCUCAGCAGGCCCCCCAAGAAGAUCCUCAACCCAGCUCCCCAGAGAGCAGCCGUUGCCAAGGUAGCACCCAAGAUGGCUCCGACCAACACAAGAAGAACAAUGAUGGGUGGUGGAGACGAGGAGAAAGCAGAGCUCCAUCAGGAGGUGGACGUUCUGAAGACGACCAUCCAAGACAUGGAGAAGGAGAGGGACUUUUACUUUGGCAAGCUGCGGAACAUCGAACUGAUAUGCCAAGAGAAGGAGGGGGAGGGCGACCCAACGCUGCAACGGAUAAUCGAGAUUCUCUACGCCACAGACGAGGGCUUCGUGAUCCCCGACGCAGAGUCCGAGGAGCAGGAGCAGGAGCAGGAGGAGUUCUAGGAGCCGAGCUGGGAGGCGUCCCCCCCCUCCCCCCCUUCCCCGCGUGGCCGGGGCCGGUCCACUUUGCCCAGCGCCAGCCUCCGUAGCCCCGCCUCUAGCCUCUGUAGCCACUUUAACCCCCGACCCGCCACGACGUUUGCACUCCACGCCGGCCGCGCCGUGAGGCCCUCCCCCCCUCCUCCCACCUCGAGGCCGGGCCCAAACGCCUUUUUUUUAGGUUAUUUUAUUUUCAUUCAUUCAUUCACUGUGAAUGUGGAUGAUUACACAAGUUGCCCCCCCUUCCCCCCACUGCUCUCCUUUGGACUUGGUCCUAAAGCCAUCCCCCCCAUGCCCAUGGCUUCCAUUCCCAUUAGUAAAUGGACGCCCCCCCCUCAUGACGACCGUCUGUGUUGUCCGUCGGAGAGAAUGGUUGGUGAGUCUCUUGCGGUGCCUCUUCCUCCUGUCCUGCCCCCCCCAACAAACCAGUCUGUCAACACCGAGACAGACCUGGAUAUCCAACAGACUUCAGUAUGAGCAACAAUAUCGUGUGUGUGUGUGUGUUUGUGUGUGUGUGUGUGUGUGUGUGUACGUACGUACAUGUUAACAAAAAUAUCAUGUUGAAACGAAUCGAGAAGGAAGAGCCUCCUUGGGAUGCCCCUCCUGUUUGUGAGUCAGUCCCAGACUAAACCCCCCCCCCCCCCCCCUGUUCUCCCCAUGAAGCGCCACUGUGCCGGCCGUUCUGCGCCCCUCAUACAAGCCUUUUUUAGAAUGUUCUGUUGGGUUGUUUUUAAACGGACACAGUACAUGGGCGACUGUACUCCAGGGCACGACCAACAGCUAGGUAGACAUCCACUGCCAAACAAGAUAAUUUAUUUAGAGUCAAACAAGUUUGUUAAUAGUUUGUCAGCAAACCCCAAAAUGAACUUUCCUAUGCUCAUUUUUGGACGGCUUAUCUCGAUGUGGACUUGACCACGGUUUUAAAAAUAAUUAAAUGUGCUGGCAGCUCCUUGACGACACCGAGAGAGUGCUAGACAGUCGGCUGUAGUUCCUAGGCUAGCAGGUCCGUGGGGGUUUAGUCUAGGACCAGGAGUCUGGCCACACCUCCUCUUUAGGCCUGUGAGCGCCCCUUCAUGGUGCUUCAAGAGCCAAACAUGCCAACAAAACCGUCUUGGUAUUGGGCCAUUUUUGGUGUAAAAAAAACGAUGCUUUGAUGCUGGUUCUAUAUCCUGGUUCUAUUUCUUUCUUUUUGUUUGGCGCCUUCUUGGUCUGCUCUAUAAUGAAAUGUUCUAUGGGGAUGUCCUGAGCAGAACAUAUUCACCUGUUUGUUUUCUUGUUUAACAUUCACCUUCCGGUGUGUCUACUUUGAGUGAGUGUAUCUUGCUCGUCUUCAAUGGUCAUCAUUUGUUCAAUUGUCUGGAGAAACUUGUUUUGCUGAUUCCAUUAAAGAAGAAAGGGUAUUGGAUAUCCAAAGUGUCUGGCAGUUGUUCACGCAUCAGAGCAGAUUGUCUCAUUAUCUUCCCAUGAAGCCUUAGCUUGACAUGGUUUAUCAAGUCGGGGACUUCUCGUAGACUAUCCAAUUAUUACAAUAACAAUAUCUACAGGCACGGUCACAAUCUAUUGCUGAAUUCCUACUCACUCUUUUAACUGGCUCAUAUAGGCUCUCAGGCUGGCUUUACUGCCCUUGAUAUUUGACUCUAGUUUUCGUCGGAUCCGGUAUGUUUUUAUUGUGCUUUUGGAGAUCCUGUUUUUCUGUAAUUCCACUGUUCCCACCAGUGACUGGAUCGGCCCCCACUAGCCAAUACUGACUACUGGAGAUUGACUAGAGUCACCAAAGUCUGAUUGCUUAGUUCAUAAUACGGACAAUUUCAUGAAACGUCUGCAGGCUGUUUGGCAGUUUAUAUCCUAGGUAACAAAAACUGUUCCUUCAACCUUCCAGAUUAACAUGAAAUGGUGUGAUUCCUUCGCGGAUAUUAUUAAAAAAUUUCCUAAACGAAGUGGCGUGAAAUUGAAUCUUCUGAGUGUCUCACUUCCUGCCGAGGCCAAGGCAUUUGAACUGGCUCCUGCUGCCUGGGAGGGGCAAACUGUGGGGGUCUCUUCUCAGCCCUGCUCUGUGCUUGGUCGCCCUGUUUAAAAUGUUUGUUAUUUGAGCCAUUCCACGGCUGAUGAAGGCGACACUUCUGUAUAGUCCAGAGCUGUAUAACCUAAUGAACCUAUGACGUCACAGGUAUAUUGUGACCCCUAUGGUUUGUUGAACGGUCAUUUCUGGACUUCCUGACCAAGGCUCGACUGACACGAGCAAACCAGGGUCAAAUGAUUAAACUUUUUUUUUAACUUCAGAACUUUAGACUUUGUAUUUUGAUCUUUUGCCUUAUAAAUGAAAAUACAGAAAUUA